AUGGAGGGAAACAAGGAUGAAGCCGUGCGAUGCCUCGCUAUCGCUCGCAAACACUACGAAGCUGGUAAUUGGUCGGCGGCGCGCAAGUUCACAUCCAAGUCUAUAUCACUGUUCUCACUUCCCGAGGCCACUGCACUCCUGGCGAAAAUAAAUGCGAGCGCGGCUAAAGAAGAAGAAACUCCUUCAGCCUCGACUAACUCGACGACCGAAGAACACCCAUCUGCUGCUGGCAUCAAGCACCGACAUACGAGUGCGCAGCCGAAGGCUGGUCAAGCAGCUGGUACGGCAGGUGGCAUGGGUGGGGAGAAGAGGGAUUAUACUCCAGAACAACUGGCGGUCGUGAAACGCGUGAGGUCAUGUAAAGUGACCGAGUACUACGAAAUCCUUGCCGUACAGAAGGGAUGCGACGAAGCGGAAAUCAAAAAAGCAUAUCGCAAGCUCGCCUUAGCAUUGCAUCCGGAUAAGAACGGUGCCCCAGGGGCAGAUGAAGCUUUCAAACUCGUGUCGAAGGCUUUCCAAGUAUUAUCGGACCCACAAAAACGCGCCGUAUUUGACAGUGGGACUGACCCAGAAGACCGUUUCGGUGGCAUGCCUUCACGAUCUCCUGGGUUUGCAUCAGGUGGUGGGGCACGAUUUGACGGAGAACUCAGUCCUGAAGAUCUAUUCAAUAUGUUCUUUGGGGGCACGGGCGGUGCUUUCGGUCCAGGAUUUGGCCAGGGAUUCCAAACGUUUGGCGGCGGCCCAACUGUCUUUACAUUCGGGGGAAAUGGUUUCCGGACGCAAACCUUCACACGUGGUGCUCCCCGCACAGGAGAGAAUGCCAAUGCUGAACCUCGCUCACUUUUUGUCCAACUACUCCCUCUGCUCAUGUUGAUCGGUUUCUCUCUAUUAUCAUCACUACCCAAUCUGUUUACGACACCGCCUACUCCAGAUCCUCGGUUUGCUUUCUCACCUGCCGGAAAAUAUUCUACCGAAAUGGAAACAGGUGGACUUGGUGUCCGUUAUUUCGUGAAUCCAACAGAAUUCACCCAACACCCUGUUAUUGGUGCGGAGUUUGCGAAAGAAGGCGUCAAAGUGGGACGAGUAGUGGAAGAACCCGUCAACGACGACUCACCGGAUGCAGAGGGUCAGAAGGACUCGACGGAGAAAGGCACGAAAUCGAAAUCCAAAAAGAAACAGAAAUUACAGAAGGUAGUCAAAGGCAAAGGGAAAAAACGCGGACCCGCCUUGACGAGAUUCGAGGAUACAGUUGAUCAAACAUACACUCAAGACUUAUAUGCUCGGUGUAGGGCGGGACUCAAUAGAAAAGAACAACGGAAAGAUGCAGAGAUUGGCAUCUUCGGAUUUGGGACAGAUUGGGAGAAGGUCAAGAAGAUACAGGACGAAGUUAUUGAGAGCUGCGAGGAGUUGAAACGUCUAGGGGUGUGGAAUGGUUCGAACAGAUAG